CAGGAAACGCCGAUUUUUUUGGGGGUUCAUAUUGCUAACUAUAACGAUAGUCAUUAGUUGGAAUGCCAGUGAAGUAUUUGUGACAGUAAGAGGGAUGGGGCUCUUAUCAGAAAGAAGCAAUUUAUGUUUAUUUUUCCUCUUCAUAAUUUUGACAGAGGGGCAUUAUAAAUGGGUUCAAGCCCAGCACUGUGUGUGGUACGGUGAGUGUGGGGAGUCCGAGAAGGUCCAGGGGAAGAAGUACAACUGCAACUAUACAGGACCGCCCAUCCCACUUCCAGCAGAGGGCCAUGACCUGCUCACGGAGCUGUGUCCAGGCUAUGACUAUGGGAACCGGAGUCUGUGCUGUGAUGUCCAGCAGCUCCAGACUCUGAAAGGGAGCCUUCAGUUGCCCCUACAGUUCCUCUCUCGAUGCCCAGCCUGUUUCUUCAACCUGAUGAACCUGUUCUGUGAGCUAACCUGCAGCCCCCACCAGAGUCACUUUAUGAAUGGAACCAAGUUCACUAAUGACACAGCUGCCAACGAGACCAAUGUGGUGGAAGUCCAGUACUACAUUGGACAGACAUUUGCCAAUGCCAUGUACAAUGCUUGUCAGGAUGUCCAGGCUCCCUCCAGUAACGUGAAGGCCUUGUCACUGCUCUGUGGGAAAGACGCCAGUGACUGCAACGGCACCAACUGGAUCGAGUACAUGUUCAACAUCAACAAUGGACAGAGUCCCUUCCCCAUCAUCCCUAUAUUCUCAGACGUGCCAGUGUCCGGUAUGACCCCCAUGGACAACAAGACAUACGGCUGUACAGAGGGUCUGGAGGACGGUUCUGGUCCCUGCUCCUGCCAGGACUGUAGCCAGGCCUGUGGCCCCCAGCCUGUCCCCCCUCCCCUGCCACCACCAUGGACCAUCCUGGGCAUAGACGCUAUGGUCGUCAUCAUGUGGAUCUCCUACAUGGCCUUCCUCCUUGUCUUCAUCGGAACCGUGAUCGGCGCCUGGUGCUACAGAAAAAGGACGAUAGAGUCUGAGUAUGGCCCAAUAUUGGACAGCAAUAACCCUCACUCUCGGAACAAUGAAAACAUUGAACAAGUGGAUGCAUCGUGUGGCGAGACAGUGGGCGAGCGCUUCGAGAACGCCCUGCGUUACCUCUUUACCCGCUGGGGCUCGUUUUGUGUACGGCAGCCCCUCAUGGUCAUCCUGGGCAGCCUGGUCGUAGUGGCCGCAUGCUCAGGGGGCCUGGUCUGCAUGAAGAUCACCACAGACCCCGUGGAGCUGUGGUCCUCGCCCAGCAGCCAGGCCAGGCAGGAGAAAGACUACUUUGACAGCCACUUUGGACCCUUCUUCAGGGCAGAGCAGCUCAUCAUCACCACCACAUUGCAGUCAAAAUCCAUCUACUCCCCGUACCCCUCGGGGGAUGACGUGCCCUUUGGAGCCCCCCUGAACAAGGACGUCCUCCACCAGGUGUUGGAUCUCCAGACGGACAUAGAGAACAUAGUGGCCUCAUACGGGGACCAGAAGGUGACCCUAAAGGAUAUCUGCUUGGCCCCGCUAGCCCCCUACAACGACAACUGUACCAUCCUCAGUGUUCUCAACUACUUCCAGAACAGCCACGAACAGCUGGACCGUAGCAUAGGAGAUGACUUCUACGUCUUCGCAGACUACCACACACACUUCCUCUACUGCGUCAGUGCCCCAGCAUCCCUCAACGACACCAGUGUGCUCCAUGAUCCCUGCCUGGGCACCUACGGAGGCCCCGUCUUCCCCUGGCUGGUCCUGGGAGGCUAUGAUGCCACCAACUACAACAACGCCACAGCUCUAGUGAUCACGUUCCCUGUCAACAACUACCAUAACGACACUGUCAAGCUGGGGAAAGCUCUGGCCUGGGAGAAAGAAUUCAUCAGCUUCCUGAAGAACUAUAGCAACCCAAACCUGACCAUCUCCUUUAACUCUGAGCGGAGCAUCGAGGACGAGAUCAACCGCGAGAGCGAAAGUGACCUCAGCACCGUCGUGGUCAGCUAUGCUAUCAUGUUCGUCUACAUCUCUCUGGCGUUAGGACACAUCCACAGCUUCAGGAGAGUACUGGUGGACUCUAAGAUCUCCCUGGGCAUAGCAGGCAUCGUGAUCGUGCUGAGCUCAGUGGCCUGUUCUCUGGGCAUCUUCAGCUACGCUGGCGUCCCUCUGACACUCAUCGUCAUCGAGGUCAUCCCCUUCCUGGUGCUGGCCGUGGGCGUCGACAACAUCUUCAUCAUCGUACAGACAUACCAGAGGGAUGAGCGGAUGCCUCAAGAGGAGCUGCACCAGCAGAUAGGCCGUAUCCUUGGAGACGUGGCUCCCAGCAUGUUCCUCUCCUCCUUCUCUGAGACAGUGGCUUUCUUCCUGGGGGCCCUGUCCACUAUGCCAGCGGUGCGGACCUUCUCCCUGUUUGCUGGGUUAGCUGUGUUCAUUGACUUCCUGCUACAGAUCAGCUGCUUCGUCAGCCUGCUGGGCCUGGACGCCAAGAGGCAGGAGGGGAAUCGUCUGGACAUUGUGUGCUGUGUGAAGCUGCCAGAGGGCCAGGAGAAGAAGACUGAUGGCUUCCUCUUCCGCUUCUUCAAGAAUAUCUACGCCCCCUUCAUCCUCAAGGAGUGGGUCAGACCCAUAGUGGUGUCUGUGUUUGUGGGGAUGCUGUCCUUCAGUAUCGCUGUCACCAAUAAGGUAGAGAUUGGACUGGACCAGAAGCUCUCCAUGCCUGAUGACUCGUAUGUGCUGGACUACUUUAAGAACCUGAGUGCGUACCUCCACACGGGUCCUCCGGUCUACUUCGUGGUGGAGGACGGCCAUGACUACCUGAGUCUGGAGGGCCAGAACUCUGUGUGUGGAGGGGUGGGCUGCAACAAUAACUCUCUGAUCCAACAGGUCUACACAGCAUCUCUCAUUAGCAACUACACCACUAUAGGAUUCAACCCGUCAUCGUGGCUGGAUGAUUACUUUGACUGGGUCAAGCCUCAGUCCACCUGUUGUAGAUAUUACAACUCCUCUGGGGCCUUCUGCAAUGCCUCAGUGGUCGACGCAUCGUGUUUGCAUUGCCGCCCCAUGACCCCGAGCGGGAAGCUGAGGCCUACGGAACAGGACUUCAUGAAGUUCCUACCCAUGUUCCUGUCAGACAACCCCAACGUCAAGUGUGGGAAAGGUGGUCACGCAGCCUACAGUUCAGCGGUGGUUCUAAAGGGGAACGACACGUCUGUGGGGGCCACCUACUUCAUGACCUACCACUCCAUCCUCAAGGACUCACCUGACUUUAUAGACGCCAUGAAGAUGGCCCGUGUCCUGGCUGACAACAUCACAACUGCCAUGGGACACAAAGUUUUCCCCUACAGUGUGUUCUACGUGUUCUACGAGCAGUACCUGACCAUCGCCUACGACACGGUCUUCCAGCUGGGCGUGUCGCUGGCGGCCAUCUUUGUGGUUACCACGGUGCUGCUGGGCUUUGAGCUGUGGUCAGGAGUGCUGGUCAGCUUCACCAUCGCCAUGAUCCUGGUCAACAUGUUCGGGGUCAUGUGGCUAUGGGACAUCAGCCUCAACGCUGUGUCCCUCGUCAACCUCGUCAUGAGCUGUGGUAUCUCUGUGGAGUUCUGCAGUCACAUAGUGAGGGCCUUCUCCAUCAGUGUGAAGAGUACCAGGGUGGAGAGGGCUGAGGAGGCUCUGGCCCACAUGGGCAGCUCAGUGUUCAGUGGCAUCACUCUGACUAAGUUUGGAGGGAUCCUGAUCCUGGCUCUGUCCAAGUCCCAGAUCUUCCAGAUCUUCUACUUCCGCAUGUACCUGGCCAUGGUGCUGCUGGGGGCCACGCACGGACUCAUCUUCCUCCCUGUGCUGCUCAGCUACGCAGGUCCUUCGGUCAACAAGGCCAAAGUGUUUUCAGCCAACAAGCGCUACGCCGGCACAGAAAGGGAACGCCUCCUCAACUAGAGACAGUACAAUGGUAUGAACCAACUAACCAGCCUGUCAGGUUUGGGAGAGACUGUGUGGGUAUGGGGUGACACAGCGCGACAGGAGCAGCUGUUUCUAUGAUUAUUGACACACUCAUCAACAACUCACUACGCAGCGCAACGCAGGGAUGCAACUCAGGAAUAACAGUGUGGGGUGUCUGUCAGAGGCCUUGUCCAGUGCUUCCUUUCGCUUAUUUAAUUAUCAAGGGUAAUUCUGGGUAGUAUGCAUUAGUGCACACAGUGGCAAACGUUUUGCAACGGAAAAUGAAAAAAUUGCAUUUAAGUCCAGGGCCCGUAUUCACAAAGCAUCUGAGUAGAAGUACUGAUUUUAGGAUCAAUUUAGCCUUUUAGAUCACAAUGAAUAUGAUUACGUUGACAGGGCG